AUGAGUGCAGUGAAUCUCCCCAGCCGAUCAGUGAAGCCGGGGCAUCAGCCUCGAGAUCCCGCUUUUCCGGGCGGGCGUCACCGCACGCGACUGGUCAAAGCCAUACUUAAGCGCCCAACGACCAACAAAACCGGAGCUGAUCCUCGGAUUUGUUUCUAUUCGUUGACGGAGCUGCACGGCGCUUCGGCGAGUGGACAGGCGCGCGCGGAAGUGAAGCCUACCUUCGUCCCCUUGCCUCGGUGGAACGAGUCUAGACCGUCUGGUCGCAUGAGGUACGCCAGCGGGCGUAGUAACCCAGCACCCGGCCCUGUUCGCGCCUUUUACAAUGAAAACGACCGGAGCACAUUCGACGUCGGAUACAAAGAUGUGACCCUUGCACCGAGAGGCCCGCGAAACGGCAGGCAGCAUGGAAACUCCAACUUCAGUUUGGCAACGUAUCAUCCGGCGCCCACACACGUCUUGUAUUUUCAGAACGGGUACUGUGUGAAAAUGACGAUGAGGAUAUGGGCCAAUAACAUAAUGAUAUAUAGCGACCAAAAGUGGUGCAUCUUUCAACAAACACCGUCCGUUGUAGUCGAUGGCCGAGCGGUACGAUUCUUGCCCUUGAAUGGGUGGAAGCGUAUGUUGGCUCACGGUCCUACAUAA